UCCGGCAUCGUCUGGGAGUGGUGGGGCUUGGGGAGCACGAAAGGCCAGAGAAAAGUGAUCAUUGCAGGAAGCCACUGGAUCCUGCUGCAGCAGGAUCGGGUGCACGCGUGGGGAGGAGGGCCAGCUUGGUCCUCCCCACCCCCCGCAGCGUUAUACUGACAAUAAAGACAACAUGGUGCGUGGGGGGAGAGAGAGGAUAGGGCCCUCCCCGCUGCAAUCUCGAUGGCUGCGCAGUCCUCUGCACUUUUCCUUGGGAGGUAACCUCUGCUGAUUCAAAGUGGCUUCCUCGCGAGUAAUAUCGGCCAGCUGCGAACUUCCGCGCGCGCCUAAUCCGAGAGGAAGUGCCAUAUCGGACAUCUAGGGAGGCUUUCUCCCGUGUAAACGUGCCCGGGAUGGGACCGUCCCACCUACGCGCGCUCCCGGCUUGCAGGUCUUCUUCGCCCCUUCGCUCCAUCCCAGGCUGGUGGGCGUUGGGUUGCCCCGCCACGACGCGCCUCUUGCGGCCCCUCCCCAAGCGUCCCGCCGCCAGUCCGCCUCCUCCUCUCCUCCUCCUCCUCCGCAGCGACGGCGCCUUUCCCGGUGGAGGCGGAGCGGCUGCCCCGGGACCUCCUUCGGGCCUGCCCCUGCCAGCCAGUCCGGGCCCGCCCCGUGCUGGGGGCGUGGGGAGAAGGGAGGAGAGGAGCCAGGCGUCCGGGCGCAGGACGCAGCGAGUGCUGCCGGGGCUGCUCGUAGGAGCCUGCUGGCGGGAGAGGGGCGCCCGGAGCCGGCCACGAUGGCGGCGGACAGCGGCCUGGAGCAGCGGGCGCUGCAGUAUGAGCAGACCUUGAUGUAUGGCCGCUACACGCAGGACCUGGGAGCCUACGCCAAGGACGAAGCAGCUCGCAUCCGCCUGCAGCAAGAGCGCUGGAAGCCAUCCCCAAAGGACCGCCUGCGCCCCUCUGAGCUGCUGGAGUAUGACCAGAGCCGAUGUGCCCGCUGCCGCAUCUGCACUGUGCGGUGCCAAAAGUUCCUCAUCUCCAAGGUGGGCGAGGACUGGAUCUUCCUGAUCCUCUUGGGGUUGCUUAUGGCCCUAGUGAGCUGGGCCAUGGAUUUUGCCAUCGCCACCUGCCUGCAAGCCCAGAAGUGGAUGUAUGGGGGUUUGGAUGCCAACAUCUUCCUCCAGUACAUGGCCUGGGUCACUUACCCUGUGGUCCUCAUCACCUUUUCAGCCGGCUUCACUCAGAUCUUGGCUCCGCAAGCUGUAGGCUCUGGAAUCCCUGAAAUGAAGACAAUUCUCCGGGGCGUGGUGCUGAAAGAGUACCUUACCCUCAAGACAUUUGUGGCCAAAGUGAUUGGCCUGACGUGUGCCCUGGGCAGUGGGAUGCCCUUGGGCAAAGAGGGACCAUUCGUCCACAUCGCCAGCAUGUGUGCCGCCCUCCUCAGCAAGUUCCUCUCACUCUUCGGUGGCAUCUAUGAGAACGAGUCCCGCAAUAUCGAGAUGCUGGCAGCUGCCUGUGCUGUGGGUGUUGGCUGCUGUUUUGCUGCUCCGAUUGGAGGUGUCCUCUUCAGCAUCGAAGUCACGUCAACCUUCUUCGCCGUCCGCAACUAUUGGCGUGGCUUCUUCGCCGCUACCUUCAGUGCUUUCAUCUUCCGGGUUCUCGCUGUGUGGAACAAGGAUGAAGAAACCAUCACAGCUCUCUUCAAAACCCGCUUCCGACUGGACUUCCCUUUCGACCUGCAGGAGCUGCCGGCCUUUGCUGUCAUUGGGAUCGCCAGCGGUUUUGGCGGAGCACUCUUCGUCUACUUCAACCGGAAGAUUGUCCAGUUCAUGCGCAAGCAAAAGGCCAUUAACCGGUUCCUCAUGAAAAAGCGCCUGCUGUUCCCCGCUCUCGUCACGCUUCUCAUAGCGACACUGACCUUCCCACCUGGCUUUGGGCAGUUCAUGGCUGGGCAGCUCACGCAGAAGGAGACGCUCGUGACCCUCUUCGAUAACCGCACGUGGGCCAAGCAGGGCCUAGCUGAAGAAUUUGAGUACGUGGGCCCCUCCGAGGCCUGGAAGCACCCACGCUCCAAUGUCUUUGUCACCCUGGUGGUCUUCAUCCUCAUGAAGUUCUGGAUGUCAGCCUUGGCCACUACCAUCCCAGUGCCCUGUGGAGCCUUCAUGCCUGUCUUUGUCAUUGGUGCGGCCUUUGGGCGGCUGGUGGGUGAGAGCAUGGCGGCAUGGUUCCCAGACGGCAUCCACACCGACAGCAACAUCUACCGCAUUGUGCCCGGCGGCUACGCAGUGGUGGGUGCAGCUGCGCUGUCUGGAGCCGUCACUCACACCGUGUCCACAGCGGUCAUCGUCUUUGAGCUAACAGGCCAGAUCUCCCACAUCCUGCCAGUCAUGAUCGCGGUGAUCCUGGCCAACGCCGUGGCCCAGAGCUUGCAGCCCUCCCUCUACGACAGCAUCAUCCGCAUCAAGAAGUUGCCCUACUUGCCAGAACUGGGAUGGGGACAUCAGGAGAAGUACAAUGUGCGCGUGGAGGACAUCAUGGUGCGCGACGUGCGCUACAUAACCCUGAACUGCCGCUAUCGCGAUCUUCAGGAUGUGCUGCAUGGAACCAAAAUGAAGAGCUUGGCUUUGGUGGAAUCAGCUGAGUCCAUGAUCCUUCUGGGCUCCAUCGAGCGCACGCAGAUCGUGACCCUCCUGAGCGAGCAGCUGAGCUACGCACGCCGGCUCCACUACAUGCGCGAGAAGGCCCAGGCCGACCGCCGAGCCACCGAGAAGGUUCCAGAAGGCGAGGAGGAGCACCAGACACCUGACACGGGUGUGCGCUUUCAGAUCAUCACCGAGGAAUCCUCGUUUGUCCCGCCGCGAAGUGAGUCCCGUAAGCCCCUGAAGCCGGCACUAAAGCGAGCCUCCAGCACUUUAUCCGAGAGCGUCUCCACUGGGACUGUGGACCCCCCAGGCAUCGCUCUGAGGAGCCUUUUUUGCGCUAACAGCACAACAGCCGAGUCAGCUGAGGAUGAGAAUUCGGGCCUGCCUGAAAAGCGCAAGUCGAAGCGUGUCCGCAUUUCCGUGGCGGAUGAAUAUGAAGUAGCUGGCGAAAUGACCCCUGCAGAGAUCCUGGAAUGGGAGGAGCAGCAGCUAGAGCAGUUUGUCAACUUCAACAACAGCAAGAUUGACCCAGCACCCUUCCAGUUGGUGGAACGCACUUCUUUGCACAAGACACACACCAUAUUCUCUCUCCUGGGGGUGGACCACGCCUAUGUCACCAGCAUCGGACGCCUCAUUGGCAUGGUGUCCCUCAAGGAGUUGCGAAAAGCCAUUGAAGGCUCAGUAACCGCCAAGGGGGUGAAGGUGCGGCCCCCAUUGGCCAGCUUCCGGGACAGCACGACUAGCAGCAGUGAGACAGAGGCCACAGAGAUCCACCAGCUGUGGGACCGGCGAAACAGGCACUCCAUCCCCCGUGAGUCCAGCCCUUCGGAGAGUGACGAGAAAUGCCAGUGACAGUGGAGGAAGUCUUGCUAACCGGUUGGCGGAGAAGCCAGUAUUGCCACACCAUGGCCAUUUAGUUCUGGCCAAAGUCCUCCCAGGGUCCUUCGCUUAGCGUUCCAGCCCGGGGACCCACUACUGCCCCGAGAGACUUGCGAAAAGGCCUCUCGGCCAGAAAACCAGAGCAGCUUCAAGGCCUCACGGGGCACGAAGCCACAAGCCCGUUCCUGCCCCGUUCUUGCUCUGGAGGAGAGGAGGGGGCAGAACAAAUUCGGGGCCAAGCGAGAGGACCCUCCUACUCCUCUCAUCAGCCCACACCUCAGUGGGACCUAGACGUCUGACAACGGCAAUGAAGUCCUUCAUCCUGCGCCUUGCCUGAUGUUGAAAUCACACCUGUGCCACUGUUGGGGUCCUGUUUUCGGUCGUACACCACUGCAGUCCCUCUCACGCUGCCAUUAGUCUCAGGGCAUGCUCAAGAUGUUUGUGGGUAAGAGGGCAUCGGUUUUACAAAUGCGCACAUGUAAAAUAACUGAACACACCCCAUCCUACCUUUCCAUUGGCCUCGCAUCUACCUUAAAAUGGGAUCCAGUCAGAUAGGACCAAGGAAAUUGUGAGCUGAGGUGCUUAAACCCCACCUGGUCCACCUCUGCUUCUUUGCACAGGUCACUCUGAACCUGAGGAGUGGGGGGCAUAUUCCACCUGAAGGAGCCACUCCUGCCUGUAGGACCAGGCCCAAAGUCCAGUUGCCCAGGCCAUUAUCACCUGCCUUUUUCUUUUUUGCUUAUCUCUUCUUUCUCACUGCCAUUCCCCACCCAUUUGCAGUCCAGUCGAUGAGUCCUGUGUCUCCAGCUUAGGGAGGUCCGAAUGUGAAAACAAUGCAGGAGUGGGGGAGCCUGUGUCCCUCCUCACCAAAGUUGCUGGACUACAACUGUCACCACCCCUGACCAUUGGCCACACUGCCUGGGGCUGCUGGGGACUAUCCCUGAUAUGGCGGAUAGGCUUUCCCCUGCUUUUAUUAAUGAUUUUUACAUGGGUGAACACACUGGAUCUCUUGAGCUACUGAGCCUUGGGGAGCCUCUCCCCCCUCCCUCUCUUCCCCAAUGCCCCCCAAUAAGGACUCUGAACUGUUUCACUUUCCCCACCCCUCUCUCUGGCGCCCACCCUAUUCUUGAAUCCAGAGGUGAGGAGAGGUGAGGGGUUGGUACCUGACAUGUAAAUACAGAGGGUUUUUUAUAUUAAUUUAAUAAAAAGAAGAAGAGAGAUUGCAAAUAGAGCUAUUAAAUAAAAUGAACUAAUGAGUGUCUGUUGUCUUGUGUAAGCCAUGGGGUACUGCUGGAGCAUAUGGGGCAUUAGGGGAGGGGUAGUACCUCUGGUGAGGGGCAUGCCAUGCUGCUUCUGGGGCAGUUUGCCCACCUUUGGUCCCCAGCAUGCACUCAGCUGUCAGCAAGUGGCAGGGGCCCCACCAUAGGAAUGGCUUUGACUGGCUAGCUAAACUAAGGUGGAACGUGUCCAGAAGAGGGCAACCAAAAUGGUCAAAGGCCUGGAAACGAUGCCUUAUGAGGAACGGCUUAGGGAGCUGGGUAUGUUUAGUCUGGAGAAGAGAAGGUUAAGGGGUGAUAUGAUAGCCAUGUUCAAAUAUAUGAAAGGAUGUCAUAUGGAGGAGGGAGAAAGAUUGUUUUCUGCUACCAAGGAGUGUGGAGGAGUCUCCUUCUUUGGAGGUCUUUAAGCAGAGGCUUGACAGGCAUAUGUCAAUAAUGCUUUGAUGGUGUUUCCUGCUUGGCAGGGGGUUGGACUGGAUGGCCCUUGUGGUCUCUCCCAACUCUGAGUCUAUGAUUCUAUGGCAGCGCUUCAUGCCCAAAACUUGCCCUAUGUGGGAAUCCCUAUGUCCGCAACUCUGGCUUGUGGAGCCUUAACCUGGAAUGUCCUAAUACUUUGUUUAGUCGUGUCCAGCUCUUCGUGACCCCAUGGACCAGAGCACGCCAGGCACUCCUGUCUUCCACUUCCCUAAUACUUAGCACAUGCAAAGAAGAUUCUAAGUAGGCUAUUUUGUCAAUAAAGGCCCCCCUUUGAAUUUAACCUGCUGGUUUUUAGAAAUGCACAUGGCACCAGAGGUUGGGGGGGGGGAGAGAGAGAAAGGGAAUGAUGGUGAAUUGCGACCACAAUAUGGGUGGAGUGUGUGUUUGUGUGGGGGGGGGGUUAAACCUUAGCUCCCCUGCUGCAGGUCCUGAGGAAAACCCGCUUCCAGACCAAGGGAGCUUGUCCGCCUGUUUUAACCCUUUCCCGCCCAUCUACUCUCCCUUCUCCGCCAACAGGCCCACCCUAGUCUCUCCGGAGAACCUCAUUAACCCCGAAAUUUUGGGUCCCCUCCAAACCUGUAGUCGCUUCGAUUACUCAGUUUUGGGGUGGCUGGCAGAACGCUCGCGCUACACAACGACUACAAAUCCUUGGCGCCAGAGGGGAUUCGAAUCUUUGGCUCCAGAGGGGAUUCGAAAUUUCGGGGUUCGUAGUUCAUGAAGCUUCGCAGCAGCCUCCGCCUUGCAUCGGCCUGUCCUUCCAAAUUCCACCGCUUCUCCCACCCCGCCACCAGCGGCGCCUCCUGGCUCCAGCUGCUUCCACCGAUCGCACUGCUCUGCCGCCGCUUGUCUUCCUCCCGGCCGCCUCUCUCUGCUGACACCGAAUGAGAGAAGCUCUCCUUGGGGCUUCAGCCGCGCCAGGGCGGCCGUGUGGCUGAUGCAGCGGGCCGAGCCUGCUGCAAGACCCGCGACCCUCCGACCUCUUUGCCUGUCGGCGGCAGCUGGCGCACUCCGUAGCUGUUGCGCAGACCUCGCCUCGGCCCUCGGAAAGGCCUUUUUCGCCGCGUGAUGAGUGCCGCGUUGCAGGAGGAGGAGAAACGAGCGAGGCAGAGAGAUGGAGGCGCCUGGAGGUUAACGGGGGACGAGUACGCAGGUGCCCAGAGCUUCUACAGGCAAAAACAAACAGACCAGACUACCCAGGAAGGGGAUAGAAGGAGAGGUUGGAUAGCCAGCUGUCAGCGAUUCUUUAGCUGGGGUUUCUGCGUUGCAAAGUUAGGACUACUUGGGGACCCUUUCCAACAAUUCUGCGAUGCUUUGAGAAGGCAGUGAGGGGCCAUCCUUCAUGGUUUGCAUGCAGAGUUCAGUUCCAACUGAGGUCAUUCACAGAAGCCGAGCAGAGAAAAGGCGACCCUGCUCGAACUGCGGAACUCCCUGCCACAACGGAUCACAGUGCUGGCUAGGUUUAGAAGGGGAUAGGCAAAUUCAGCCAUCAAAGGUUAUUAGCCACGGCGAAGGCAAUGUGCCUGAAAUGUCUCCAAGUGACUUAACCACACUGCUGCCUGAGGCAGCCGCCUGUUUGUCUAAAAAUAGGGCUGGCCCUAUGUGGCCCAAAGUACUGACUUAAAAUCAUAGAAUUGUAGAGCUGGAAGGUAGGGCUCGAACCCAUGACCCUGAGAUUAAGUCACAUGAUUUACCGAAUGAGCUAUCCCAGCUUGGUAGAAGGCAGCUUCAUGCGACACAGAGCUAAGUAGCACACACGGAAGUCCUCACCCCAUCCCUUGGCACAUUUUCAACAUUUUCUUACGGGCUGCUGUCUCGCCUGGAUUUUUCUUAAAAGGUGAAAGCACAACCUCAUUGCUGCCACCAUCUCUAUUGCCCCUGGCAGCUGAAUUCUGUGCUAGAGAACCAGGCCUGUGUUUUCCAUGGGGAAGUGUGCCACAUAGGAAUUGGCCUGCAUUCGUCACUGAAGGGUUCUGGGAAGCUAGGAUUCUGCCCUCAAGCUCAGAUCUUGCAGAACUCAUAUCCUCCUGCCACCUCCAGCAGCUCUCUCUCUCCCCCUCUGCCUUUAUUUUAUUGCCAGAAAACUCUCUCUCUCUCUCUCUCUCUCUCUCUCUCUCUCUCUCUCUCUCUCUCUCUCUCUCUCUCUCUCUCUGCCUAGUCAAUAAAGGGUCUGAGCUGGCCUUCCGGGAGCUGCGCACAAAAAUGCUGAGCCAGGAAUCCUGGGGCUUGGAAUAGAGAGGGAAACGGAAAUAAAACUACUGUGCUAUAGAGAUGUAAUGAGCAGCUGGCAUCUCCUCCGGAAAAAAAAAAGAAGGGAGAGAAAAGAAGGAGGCAGUCAGCGAGCGCCAGCAGCUCCUCCUCUGCCAAAGUUGUGCUGGUCCUUUCAAAAGAGCUCUUGGUGGGAUGGAGGCAGCAGGCUGGUCAGCUGCAGAGAAAUAAAACUAUUUCGGGUUUGUUGGCGUGGGUUUAGACUGGGACCAAUGGGAGGAGGAGGGGCAGAAAUGCUGCCUGCCCCUGUGGCAAUGUAUGUGGGUGCAGCAAGGUCAGAACUGGGCAAUUCUUUUGGAGCUGGGCAAGCACUGAAAAACCCCGCACAGAGGUCAAGUGGCUCUUUUUUUAGCUAGCAUCUCUGAGCUCUCCUGAUUUCUACUUUGAGCUCAUGGGGAAGGGCCUAGUUUAGCUGUAGAGCAUCUGCUUUGAGUGCACAAGGUCCCGGGUUCAGUUUCUGGCAUCUCCAGGUAGGUCUGGGAAGGACUCCUGUCUGAAAACUUUUCCACAGUCUUGGAAGGCCAAGCAGUGUAGAUAAUAAUGAGCUUGGAGGACCAAUGGUCUGACUCAGUAUACAACUCCUAUGUGAUGAUGGUUUUGGCACAGCUUCAGCUUUAACCCUUUCCUGCACCCUUUCCUUCCUUCCUUCCUUUCUCUUUCUCUUACACACCCAAAGCAACACCUUGAACUCUGGUCAGACCUCACCUGGAGUACUGUGUCCAGUUCUGGGCACCACAGUUCAAGAAGGAUACUGACAAGCUGGAACGUGUCCAGAAGAGGGCAACCAAAAUGGUCAAAGGCCUGGAAACAAUACCCUAUGAGGAACGGCUUAGGGAGCUGGGUAUGUUUAGCCUGGAGAAGAGAAGGUUAAGGGGUGAUAUGAUAGCCAUGUUCAAAUAUAUAAAAGAAUGUCAUAUAGCGGAGGGAGAAAGGUUGUUUUCUGCUGCUCCAGAGAAGCGGACACGGAGCAAUGGAUUCAAACUACAAGAAAGAAAACUCCACCUAAACAUUAGGAAGAACUUCCUGGACAGUAAGAGCUGUUCGGCAGUGGAAUUUGCUCCCAAGGAGUGUGGUGGAGUCUCCUUCUUUGGAGGUCUUUAAGCAGAGGCUUGAAAGGCAUAUGUCAAUAAUGCUUUGAUGGUGUUUCCUGCUCGGCAGGGGGUUGGACUGGAUGGCCCUUGUGGUCUCUUCCAACUCUACGAUUCUAUGAUUCUAACUAGGGAUGGGCAGCAGGUGCGCCGUGCUGUGGAACAACAGCAUCAGCAGGCACAGUGGUUGCUGCUGCCCACUGAGGCUGGUAGGGCGGGAGACUGGGAGGUUGCCAACAGGUGGAGCCACAGCCAAGCCAUUCUACUUUUGAUUCCACCCGCCUACCGGCCAAGUUCUCGUUUCAUCUGUAAGCUGACUUGAGUCUCUAUCAGGGAAAAUGGUGGGAAAUAAUGAUGAUGAUGAUGCCACCAAUUGGACAACUUGUCCAAUUGCCAUGAAGACUGUUCAACACACAUGUAAAGUGUGUUGAAUCCCAGGAAGCACAGUUUGUUAAGAGGGCUGGGAAUUGUUGCUUUGUAAAGGGGGAAAUACAGCUGCCAGGAUUCUUGGGGAUACUUUGGAUGUGCUUCAAAUGUACGGUGUGUGGAGUGCCAUCCCCUUGGCUGGUUGUAAGUAAGGAGGUAGACAAGUGAAUGCUGGCAGAGGGGGGCAGUGCCCCGUCUACUCUAAUGAGCCAUUCUGCUGUGAUCUGGCACCUGUCCUCUGCUAGCACCCCAGCAGGGGACCUCUGGGUCCCCUCUGCCAACCCUCUGGCCCUGCUCCUCUUCCUCUUCAUUGCCUCUGUCUCUUCACCUGCUCCUGCUCUCUCCCAGUGUGCCAGUAGGGCAGCCUUCAGGUUCCUUGGCCUCUCCUUCAAGACAUGUCUGGGGCUUGGGAUCAGGGGGAGAGGGCAGCAGAGGCCAUGGCGAUCAGGCAGGGCUAGAUUGAGGGUAUCUUCCCCCAAGUGCCCUGCAAAACUUGGAGUAACUGGCACUGAUUGUGGCCCACUGGCUCAUUCCUGGUGGACCUGCCAGUUACCAAGAUUCCCUUCCUGCAAAGGGUGUUAGAUAAAGUUUGGCACUCCCCAACCUGACGCCUUCCAGAAUUCUUGGAAGAGACUUAACCAAUUUGUCUUUGAGGUGCCACAAGACUCUUUUAUUGCUUUUGCUGCAAAAAUAAAAAUAAAAAAUAUCAACGCAGCUAAUCUUCUGGCAAUAGAUAAAGGUCUGGGUCCCAUUUCAUCCUUGUCCAUGCUAUCAAAGAGGGGAAUUGCUAGGGAAAGAAGCCAAGAAGAAGGUGACAUUGAGACAAUUCUAGCCAGGAGGAGAGACCUUGCAGGGCAGGAAGUGAUCUUUACUGAAGGAUGGAAAAAUGGGAGGUGUUUGAGCAAGAUUAAGGGCCUCUUCUUCUGCUCUUGUGGUGGUUUCCAGAAUUGUAGCAGGGGUCUCCCGGUCCCACAGCAGGGCUCCAGAGUCCUAUUUGCAUCUAGUGCCAAGGAAGGAAGGGCCAUAGCUCAGGGGUAGAGCAUCUGCCUCGAGUGCAGAAGUUCGCAGGUUCAAUUCCUGGUAUCUCCAGGUAGGGCUGGGGAAAAAAUUGUGCCUGAAAUCCUGGACAGCUUCCGCCUGUCACUUGACAGUACUGUACUGAGAUAGUCUGACUCAGUAUAGACCAGGGGCCGGCAAAGUUUUUGUGGUUUGGGCCGGUUCAUGGUCCUACAGACACUGCGGUGGGCCAGAGUGCGCACACAUGCGCAAAUGC